AUGGAUAUUAAAAAUCCCCAUAGAAAAUUAGGACAAGGCGCGGUCGCAAGCACUAAUGCCGUGGUGCCGACGUUAGACGAGGACACGUUGGCCAUAGGAGAGAAGGAUGGUGGACCUACUGUAGAUGACAGUUUGAUUCUUACCGGGAAGAGACUCUUUCUUGCGCAUACUGGGUUCCUCCUCGCCGUCUUCUGCUUCUCUCUGGACCAAACUAUUGUCGCCACCGCACUCCCCAAGCUUGCAUCCGAGUUCAAUGCAUUAGAUCAGCUCACUUGGGUUAUCUCGGUGUACUUCUUGUGCACCGCAGGAUUGAUGCUUAUAUUUGGACAACUCUUGACUGUUCUCGUUGCGAAAUAUAUCUAUCUCAGCUGCGUCGUGAUCUUCGAAGCAGGCUCUUUGAUCUGUGGUUUAGCACCGAGUAUGAGCAUUCUGAUCCUUGGUCGUGCCAUUCAAGGCAUUGGAGCUGCGGGCAUGUAUACAUCCAUCCUCGUCAUUUUUGCUCAAAUCACCCGGCUGGAGUCAAGACCAAUCCUCAUGGGUAGCUUUGGCGCCGUCUUUGGGGGUGCGGUUACUACACUCGAAGCUGUCAAUCAAGGUGCCUAA